GGUGGACCAGGUGGUCAUGGACCAUCUGACACGACCACGGCCGCUCGGCCCCGCGGCUUGUCGGACGCCUCGUAUCUGCGUGGACCAUCCGAUGGCAAUGGCACCUCCCACAUUGGUUACAGGAAUGCAAGCACUCCGAAGCCAGUGGACAGGUCGGACACCAGCUCUACAGUGACUGUGCGCCCGCGCGCGAUGUCCGAGAUCCUGUUGUCGAGGCCUUUCCCAACUUCUUCGCCCCUUCCCGAGAGCGUUGAUCAAUCAGGUGUAUCUUCGGAGUCCCAAGGUUCAUCAGCGACGCCCAUUCAGCGGCCCGAGUCUGUUAUUCCAUCAUCCCGGCCAUCAUCGAAGAGCCCGGAGACGUCGAGACCGAGCAGCAUCGUCUCACUGGCGACUGAGCGCGACAUGUGUGCCAUCGCUGAGUCGAUGACACCCACCGUGGAGAAGCGCAGUUCCUCGCAGGAGAUCACGAAGCUCAUCGGGACCCGGCCACGCACAAACUCUCUGUUGGACAUGUAUCGCAGCAUGGAGUCCUCGGUUAGCCGACCGUCGGCCCCGGUCUCGUCCGCAAGCUCUACGAGCAGUUCGACGUAUACGGAGUCCGACACGGAGUACCUCUCCGACGAUUUGUGCGAGUCGGUCGUGUACUCGCCGACACAGGCCUCAUACCCUGCCUUCCAUUUGCCCUUGUCUCCGCGCCGGGCGGCUUAUGACAGUGAUUCGACGCCCUCGCUCAAGACUUCCACGUCUUUCAGUUCUUUGUCGACAACGCCUAGUCUUAGCCGGGCAUCCUCGUUCCGUCGCUCUCCGCCCCUCAGCCCUACUCUCGCUUCUCUGGCUACUCCUGUGGAUAUCGCUCCUCUUUCGCCACGUCGUCGCAAUUCCUGGACGUCAUCGAGGAGGCUCAGAGUCCCGACGAAAGUGAACCGUCACCUCAGCCAUUCUACGCAGACGAACGGAGCGCUGCUUCACUUCCUUUGCUUGACCUCCCGGCAGCCUUCCUAACGCGCGACGGCACCCAGGUGCGGACAAGGGUCGACAGCAAGCUGACUAUCAUGCGGCGAGACUC